GAACCUGAUUGGUGGAGCCAGGGAGAGUAAGCGGAAGUGGUGGCAGUGUCCAAGAUGGCGUCCUCUGAGGGAGACGAGGAGGCGGCGGCGGAGUGGCGCGGCGGGGACGGCCGGGAGCUGUUCCUUCGCGGCGGGGUGGAGCUGGAGCGGAGCGUGAGGGAGGCAGGCGGGCGCCUCCCGGCGUGGGUAGGCCGUGCGGGGGCGUCGCUGCGCGGGCUGGAAGUGCGAGGCGGCUGCGCGGCGCUGAGGGAGCCCGGCCCGGCCUUGUCCCUCCUCUCGGGCCUACACGCCUUGUCCCUCCCAGACUGCGGCCUCGGCCCCGCCGGGCUCUCCUCUGCCGGCCGCCUCUUCCCGCCUUCCCUCCGCACCCUCGACCUCUCCGGCAACGCCCUCGAGGCGCUUCCGUCCGAGCUGGGCGGCCUGCUCCACCCCAACCCGCCCGGGGACAAGAAACCGCUCCUCCCGGCGCUGCGCCUCCUCAACCUGCGCCGCAACCGCCUCCAAGAGAUGGGGCCCGGCCUGGGCCAACAAGCCCCGGCCCUCCAGGAGCUGCUCCUCGGCGGGAACCGGCUCACCGCCCUCCCCGGCGGGCUGCUCCCCUCCCAUACGGCCGGGCCCGCCCCCUUCCCGCUCCUCAGCACCCUCGAGGCCGCCGGGAACGAGAUCCAGCACCUCGGCCCCGACCUCGCCCGCCUCCCCGCCCUCAAGAUCUUGGACGUGUCCGAUAACAAACUCUCCGAGAUCCCCGUGGAACUGGCCGACUGCCCCAAGCUGAAGGACGUCAACUUGAAAGGCAACGCCCUGAAGGACAAGCGGCUCGAGAAGAUGGUGAACGGCUGCCAGACCAAGUCGGUCUUGGAGUACUUGCGUAAAGGGAAAGGGAAGCCGGACGGCGCGGAAAGGGAAGAUCCGAGGAAGAAGAAGCGGGAGAGGAACAGGAAGAAGGCCGACGGCGACGAAGAGGUGGGCGAAACCCAGAAGCUGCUGCUGAAAGUCCUGCACAUCGCCGAGAACCCGGCGCCACUCGUAGUCCAGGCCAGCCCCGGCGUCAAAGAAGUCCGGCCGUAUAUCGUGUGCUGUGUGGUGAAAGGCAUGGACUUGAGCCCAGGAAACGCCUUGAAGAGGUUCCUUUCCGUUCAGACCAAGCUGCACGAGGACGUCUGUGAGAAACGGACAGUCGCCACCAUUGCCACGCACGACUUGCGAUUGGUGAAAGGCCCCCUCUUGUAUGAUGUUCGGCCACCAGACGAUUUGAAGAUCACUCCCUUGGGCCGGAAAGAAGUGAAGGCGAAAGACCUCCUCCGGCAGCUACAGUCCGAAGCUGAGGAGCAGCGGAAACAAAAGAAGAGGCAGAACAUCUCCGGAUUGCACAGGUAUCUUCAGCUACUCAACGGGAAGGAAAACUACCCUUGCCUUGUGGACGCCGAAGGUGCCGUGAUUUCUUUUCCGCCAAUCACAAACAGCGAGAAGACCAAGGUACCACAAAGUUUGCAAACUUGGCAUUCUGGCCACUUGAAGAAGGGAAAAGGGAGAAGGUCCUCCAUUGUGUACAUGGCAGGGCUCAGGUUGCAUUGCACUAGGUGGUCUGUGGUUUGCUCUUCUCCGCACUCGCGUGUGGUGGACUCCACUUUGUGGCCCCAUUUCUGAAGGUUGGUGUAGCGAGAGAGAGAGAGUCUAUUUAUUUAAGAAAAACCUCUU